UAGAGGGCCUCAUCAGUGUUGAUUUUAUGGGAUUGAGUCCUCAAUAGAAGUGGGGGUAUCCUAAGAGUUUCUCUUCAGAGAUACAUAUAGAGGAAGAGUUCUUGAAACAUGAAGCGAGAAGUGGUGAUCGAGGUGACUGUGAACUGUGAAAAGUGCCGUAUCCAAGCCUUCAAAGACGUUUCCAAAGCACGUGUUCAUGCAGGUGUGGAGACCAUAAAAAUUGAUGGUGCUAAGAAGGAUCAGCUGACGGUCAUCGGGGAGGAGAUUGAUUCGGUUUGCCUGGCAGCCUCACUGAGGAAGAAAUUCUGCUGUGUAAAUAUAGUGAAAGUAACUACAGGCAAUGAAAAGAAAGAAGAGAAGAAGAAAGAAGAGAAGAAAGAAGAAAAGUGGCAACCUCCUUUACCUCCAUGUUAUUACAUUGAGCGUUGUCCAUAUCAAUGUUACGUUGAGCCUAUUGAGCCAGGUUGUAAUAUUUUGUAAGCAUCAAAAUUGCUUCUAGGUUAUUAAAUAUCAGUCAUUAUCUUCCAUAAAAACUUUAGGUAAACUCUCGAUGGUCUUAAGAGUUAAAAGCCAACUAUGUGCUUGUAAUCUCUAAAAUCCAAUUACCAGAAUUUUAAUAAGCUAUUGGCAAACUGAGCACUGGAUUCGGUUCUUGACCUUGCCAUUUGGAAAAUUUCCCAAUUUUACUUUCUCAAAUUCCUCAAA